AUGUCAUAUUUGGGUAAAAUAUUCUCACCUAAGAAAAAGGAGUAUGAAGAAGGAGAAAGUGAUCCACCUAUUUCUCAGGAGAAAAAGAGGAGGAUGAAAAGAGGUUAUGAAACAGUGUACCAGAGCAUUCAAUUUAGCAGUGACUGUGAGGAGCAGGAAAAAAGACCAAAACAUGUAUCAUCAAUAAAACAAUUAAAGAAUAGGCAAGAGAAAGCUUAUAUAUGUGCAAAACGGAAAGAGGAAAAUGAAUAUAAAGAAGGAGUGAGAAAGAGAGCAAGAUGGGAGGAAAGUACGGUUCAGAAGUCAACAAGAUGGAGUCAGCAGAGCUCACUGACCCCAUUAGACUUCACGUUCCUCUAUGAACUAGGAAGCGGUGCUUUUGGGAAGGUAAUGAUGGCGUCAUGGAGGAGCAGAAAACCUGUGGCAGUCAAGAUAAUGAGGAAAGAUGCAAUCAGGGCAGACAUCAUACUCCGGGAGCGACGUGUCCUUGAGAUUGCCAGAAACUGCCCCUUCCUGUGCGAGGGUUUAGCCGCCUUUCAGACUAAGAUGCACACCUUCUUUGUCAUGCCCUACAUGUUUGGUGGCAGCCUGGAUUGGUAUCUUACGAUAAAGCGAUCCCUCCCGACCUACGAGGCAAUGUUUUAUGCUGCAGAAAUAACAUGCGGCCUUCAAUUCUUACAUAAGCGAGGCAUCGUUCACCGGGAUAUUAAGCCGGAUAACAUCAUGCUUGAUGAAGAGGGCCAUGCCAGAAUAUGUGAUUUUGGACUGGUGGCAGAAAACAUCACAGGAGGAGUCCUGGCCCAGGGUAGCACUGGGACUACAACCCACAUGGCACCAGAGGUGGCUGCAGAGAGGAGAUAUGGUGCGUCAGCCGACUGGUGGUCACUGGGAGUUACCUUACAUCAAAUGUUGACCGGACAUCUCCCCAUUUACAUAAAAUUACCUGGGCACAGGUGCUCAUGCUCCAAGCAGCUGCGCUUCUCUCCCCACCUGAGUAAAGAAAGCAAAGAUGUCAUGUCUAAACUUCUAGAGGAAAGCCCCAGACUGAGGCUUGGAGUACGAAGCAACAUCAGGCUUCACCCAUUUUUUGGAGCUAUAAAUUGGAGGCAUUUGGAAGCCAAGGCCAUUCCACCCCCAUACAAGCCACAGAGGGGGCCAGCUGAGAACCCCCUUUGGAAUGUCCGGAAGAAGCAUUUCUCUUUUAUGGAGCCCAUGAAGUAUCGCACCUUUUCAGGAGACAGCUGGUUUAUACCGAACUUGUCUUUCACAAGCUCCAAAUUGAGAGACUAUUGCUAGGCUCCAUAUUUAAUACCAGGGUAGGGAAGGAGGGUCGGAGUCAGAACACGUACUCCCGGAAUAUAUAGUAAGCACAAUCUUAAUU